AACCAAUAAGUUUCUAGAAAACAUUUUUUUCAAUUUUUUUUAUUUUUCUAGAGAGAGAAAAAGAAGAGAGAGAGAUCGGAGCUUCUGCUUCGUUUCAGAGCUUGAUUUUCAGCUUUUGGAGCUCAGAGAGAGAGAGAGAGAGAGUGAGUGAGAAGAAGAAGAAGAAGCUUCCGGUGCUUGUGCGAAUUAGAGGUCUGAGCGAGAUGAACGGCAAUGAAGUAGAUGGAGGAGAAGUUGUGAAAAUGGAGGAAUGUAAGGAAGAUGCGGUGUAUAUGUGGGGUUAUCUACCGGGAGCCUCGCCGGAUAAAUCUCCGAUACUAUCACCGAUGCCGGUCCGGUUACCUGGUGGUGGAGAUUCUUGGAAAGACGUUUGUGGUGGAGGCUGUGGAUUUGCCAUGGCUGUCUCUGUGACUGGGAAACUCAUGACGUGGGGUUCUGUGGAGGACGAAACCCAAAUCUACCUGACUUCAGGGAAGCAUUCGGAAACUCCCGAACCCUUUCCCCUGCCAACUGAGGCUUCGGUAGUUAAGGCUGCUGCUGCUGGCUGGGCCCAUUGUGUUUCGGUUACAGAGACUGGUGAAGUAUUCACAUGGGGCUGGAAAGAAUGCAUUCCAUCUGGGAAAAUUAUCUGUGAUUUGGCUACUGUAGGAUGUUUGCAGAAGGAUACAGUCGGUAAACAAAGCUCAAUGAUACCAGAACAAGGUAACCUAAGCUCUCAAGGCUCUAGUUUGACAGCUGGAGCGGUUUCUCAUGAAAACAAAAAGGCUGGAGAAGUUGGGAAGAAAAGAAAAAUCACUCAAGCUAAACAAGAACCUGAAAACUUGAUAUCUAGUGAAGAAUUCUUCACAGUUUCACCUAGUAUUGUAACUCUAGGUUCUGGAAUAAGGAUAAUCACAGUUGCUGCUGGUGGCAGGCACACUUUAGCAUUGUCAGAUAUGGGACAGGUGUGGGGUUGGGGCUAUGGAGGCGAAGGACAGCUAGGCUUGGGUUCUCGGGUAAAGAUGGUGUCUACUCCACAUCUCAUACCUUGCAUUGACCCACCUCUUUCUGGAAAAGAUAGAUCUCCAGCAUUUCCGCAAGAUAGCAAGAUUUUUUCAGCCCAAGCUUCUAAAAUUCCUGGAAGUUUUGUGAAGGCAAUUGCUUGUGGUGGUCGGCACAGUGCAAUAAUAACUGAUGCUGGGGCACUGCUCACUUUUGGCUGGGGGCUGUACGGACAGUGUGGACAAGGUGGUACAUAUGAUCAGCUAAGACCAACAUAUGUGCAUUCAUUAUCGACUGUUCGAGUGGAAAAGAUAGCUGCGGGACUAUGGCAUACUCUGUGUGUAUCUGAUGAGGGCCGGGUAUAUGUUUUUGGGGGUAAUCAGUUUGGACAGUUGGGGACCGGCACUGACCAAAUUGAGAGUGUACCCAAGCUUUUGGAUUCUUCAUGCUUGGAAGGGAAGAAUGCUAAAUUGGUAUCCUGUGGAGCUCGUCACAGUAUCAUAAGCACAGAGGAUGGUGAGUUAUUUAGCUGGGGUUGGAACAAAUAUGGCCAACUUGGCCUGGGCGAUUCAGUAGACCGGGGAACCCCAUCGCAAGUCACCAGAAUCUCCGGUGUUGUGCCGAGGAACAUUGCAUGCGGUUGGUGGCACACCUUGAUGCUGGCUGAAACACCCAACUGAGCUACAGCUGAUUAUGCUAAAGAGAAAAAAAAAAAAACAAAUGACGCGACUGGACAGUUUUGCUAGAAUUAGAAGACACAAUACUCAGAUUGGUUUGUCAUCUCUCUCUCUCUCUCUUUCUCGCACACAUUUGGACUUGUGUAACAAUAUUGUACAUACUAAUUAUUCUUCUCAGAAAAGCUUAGUUCUUGUUUUUUUUUUUAAUCCUUCUCUCAUUCAAAUGGCACACUGCAUAUGCUCUGAUUUGCUCACAAAACAUAUAAAAGUACAGCUAAAGAAGAGUGUAGCAGCGAGCGGGGUCGUGUACUCUCUCGCCUCUCCUUAUGCUUAACCUCGAUUCGAAUUCGGACUCGUGUACCCUUCUGAUGGAUCAAAUCUUGCUCGAGAUGCGAUUUCUUGCAUGCUGUAGAAGAUGCAACAAAGGUAAAAAUACCUCCAUUCUGUGGAAACCCUUGGUAGUCUGAAAAAUACCAAUGAAACAGAAGCUUUAGAAAAUGUAACUUAUUUGUAUUAUUAGCAUUAGACUUAUUGAAUUUAAGAACAGAGAUAAUGAUAAUUAAUUAGAUUCUCAGUGUUGUUUGUGAAA